GGAAGUGGCGCGUCGCGCUCGGGCCAAUCAGCGUCGAUCACGCCAAGCCCGGGGUCGUUCCGCAAUUGAGGACACCAAAGCCGCUACUGUACGCGCAACGUCCACCACAAACUACGACCACCCAUUGCCCGCGAAAUACUCAUGUCGUCGCCCCUGCUUGACGUCUGGGAGGCUGCUUCUGCCUCGCCUUUCCACCCUCCCGUCUCGAAGGACGCCCAGUUCGCCGUCGGCUUCGUGCUGCUGCUCUUCUCUUUGGUUCUCGCCGGAGUCUUCAGUCUGAACCGCUCCUUCAUCAACCUCCCGCUUCUCGGUGGGCCGGCUUCCGUAGCAUUCGGCUUCGGCGCCGUCUACAUGAUCUGCGCGGUCGGCGUCUACGUCUAAUUUCCUUGUACCUCCUUCGUCGGCGUUCGGGUGAAGCUGUAGACUACUGGGAAUGAAAUAAAAGUUCGCGGCGUCGAGAUACCACAAC